UUUUGUCUCGCACACUUUCUACACUUCGACCGAGCUAUUCUUGAAGCGAUGACGGCUGGUCUUUACAGUGCCUCCGUCACCAAAGGCUUGCUCUGCCUCUCUGGCGCAACCACGCUCGCUGCGUACUACCAUCUGCACGGUGGCUCGGCAGCCGACAUGGGCCUCGCGUUCAGCCCUGCCGCAGUCGCGGGACUCCAGGUUUGGCGGCUGCUCACGCAACCAGUCAUGUUCUCCUCCCCAUCGGAACUCGUCGUGGGUGCUGCCGUGUUGUACCACAUGCGCGUCCUUGAGCGUCAAUACGGAUCAGCCAAGUUUGCGUCGCUUGUCCUGGUUGCAGGAGCGCUCGCUACACUUCUUCAACUGAGUGCCGUCGUUGUCGUGCAAUCACAAGCCUUCUCUGCGGCGUCUGGCCUCUACGGUAUCAUCUACGCUUUGCUCGUGCAGUUCUUUUUCGAAGUCCCUGCCUCGCAGCCCUAUCGAUUCUGCGGCGUGAAGCUCUCUCACAAGUCCUUUGCGUAUAUUGCGGCGAUUCAGCUCCUUGCAGUCGGUGGCUCCAGCUCUGUCGUGUCUGCAGUGUGCGGCGUGAUGGCUGGACUCUUGUACCGCAGUAACAUUGCCAGUGUUCAAUCCCUCCUGCUUCCGAGUGCGAUUGUACGAUUUUUCUCCAGUCAUGUCGAGCCUUGGUUUGGCUCUGCCGACUCUCGCGACACUGUUGGUGUGCGUGUGCGCCGUGCCCGUCGGCCAGAUAUUCAGACCCCAUUUUUCCAGCCAAACUCAGAGGCACGCGCGCGAGCUCCCCCAGCUGCUCGCCGCGAGCCAGAGCCACCGUCGGACGAAAUUGUCGAGCAGCUCACAAGCAUGGGCUUUACGCGAGAAGCCGUGCUGGACGCGCUUCGUCAGUCGAACAAUGACGUGAUGCGCGCCACCAACCGCCUACUGGAUGCAUGAUGCGGGAAAUGCUGUUCAAUUUUAUGUUUGCAUGCGUUGUGCGGUUUUUUGAACAGAACACGAAACUGUAGCUGAUCGAAAUGAAGG